CGCGUUGCCUUUUUCUCUGUUGUCCCUCGUCAAUAACGAGAAGUAAUCGCAGCGGGCAGUGAUUUUCGUCAUCGUCGUCGUGCGUGACAGCGGACAUGGCGACGUCGGAAGGUUUGCUUGUAUAAUACAAGCUUGAGAUCAGUGACGUCGACUAUCAAUUUUCUCUUAUCACCUGCCGCUGCAGUAGGUUGACACGACAAUUAACGCAGCGAAUGAAACGAGCCUGGUCGCGAAAUUUUUCGCUCGAAAAACACGCCACAGCGAUGUCGUGUCGAAUCCCAAAUUAACCUGCCUGCCUGUCUGUCCAAUAAAUUUUCAGUGGCAACGAUGGACGUAGAUGAAAUCGUGUGCAGGAUCUUCGGCACGAGUCUCGACGAGUCUCACGUCGCUAGCGCUAAAGUUAAUGAAGAUUAUUCCGGACAAUCGCGAUUAGUGCAGGAUUUGACUCAGGUUAAUGAGUACAUUAGAAGAUCUUUAUUGAAUUUAUAUAUUGACACCCAAAAUUCUGAAGAUAACAGAGAGGGUCGUAUUGGUCCUCAUAUUGUUAGAUUUGAUGUAUCUAUGCAUCAUGGUCUUUGUAUUGUCUCCCCUGACAGAUUAAGUGUCAAUUCGCAGAGUAGUUUCAGCACGAUGCGUGCUAAUACUGGAGUAUUCAAGGGGAAAUGGAUGUACGAAGUACAGCUAGGAUCUAAAGGAGUGAUGCAAGUCGGAUGGGGAACUGCACAAUGUAAAUUUAAUCAACAAUAUGGUGUUGGGGAUACUCCAAAUUCGUACGCUUAUGACGGAAAUCGUGUGAGGAAGUGGAAUGUAACCACGCACAAGUACGGCGAAUCCUGGUUGACGGGGGACAUUAUCGGCUGUGCGCUGGACAUGGAUGACGGAACGAUAGAUUUCUAUAGGAAUGGUAAAAAUCUGGGCAGAGCGUUUGAGAAUAUAUCGAUGGGCACCGGAAUCGCAUACUUUCCUACCGUCAGCUUAGCCUUCACUGAAAACUUGACAGCCAAUUUCGGCUCCAUACCAUUUAGAUAUCCUAUAGAGGAUUAUGAACCUUUGCAAGCACCACCGACGACGCAAGUUCGCCAAGCUGUGCUUCUUUUUGAAUGGCUCUCGCAAAUAAUCGAACUGUUUGAACAUUCUAAAAAUAAACUUGAGAAACAAAACGUUCUGUUGGAAGACAAGAUUUUGAGCGCUCAAGGAUUUCUCAUGUGUCUAGCGAGAUCCAUUUUGAAGCACAUUGGUCCGUUGCUUACCGUUCCGUACGUCACAGAUGCGGUUUUCGUACCGUUCAUGCGGACACUCUGCAAUAUGAGCAUGGACGAUGUUACGACGAAAUCCGCAUUCUCGAAUAAUCACAGCGCGCGACCGAUUAUUUGUCUGGAUCUGCUGUGGACAUUCCUGGAGGAGCACGAAAUUAAGAUGUGCCUGGAGAGCACAGUACUUCAUUUACUGUCCGCUUUCCGACAUGUUUCUUUGCUGCUUGAAUAUCCGGACCAGUGCAAGAGUCUGAUGCUGCUGACAAGGAUCUGUCAGCACACCGUUACGCGACAACAUUUGCUGCAGCACGUGCUGUUUGAUCGCGUGCGUUUUGCCAAUUUUGUGCAUGUGAAACCACUGGAUGAAGGUGGACUCAUGGACGUAGUGGAGAAAGUUUGGUGGGAGACGAAUCCCUUGGAUCCAUCAAUUGAGAUGAACAAAACCAAUUACUUAUACUCCUGUGAGCGUAUCAAAACUGCCAUAGCCGAGGUAGAAGCAUUACAAGUUGAGUUACUAGUCACCCUGCUAAAUAAUAGCGACGGAACAGCUAAAAGACCAGCGUCAAGAACUAUAUUUUUAAGGAAGUUCAAACGUUUCGUUCAGGAGAACUUGAUAUCCAGUCGUCAUUCAGUCAGCAAACCUGCAGACGUUUUACCAAUUCUACAGACACCCUUGCCGAUCACAUUAUGUUGCUUUCACCGACUUCUGGUUGCAUUCAGAAUUUUAUGGGACACUGAAAUUGGAACAAGCCCAGUCUAUAUACCCUGCAGGGCGUUCUACGAUGCAUCGAUCAAUUACUCUGGAAUCGACAGACUUGGCGGCGUAAUAACCUACUUAAACAAGACAUUCAAGAACGAAUUGCUACGCCUCCUAGGUCCGGAUCAUGAGGUAAUCCUUGCUAUGGAACAACAGCAGCAUCAGCAACAGAAUGCUACGGCGACAACGAACGAGGCAUCGAAUAACGCGUAUGCCGCCGCUGUGGUCGGUAUGAGACCGCUAGUCGACUUGCCCGUAGCCAUACCGGCGGCUGUUUUCCCGCGUUUAAUUAGCAUCACUCCGACAGCGGGUAAUCAAGGUAGUUCAAUGAUACUGGAAAGAUUCGGAUUCUUCACACAUACUAGAGAAGACAGAACUCCAAUACGUCACGGUCCUGCAGAUCCGGCGACGUCAUUGAUGGAACUAUUAGAUGGUAUUAUCUUGUUCUAUCAUGUAGCGGCGAAGAAGCAGCUGGCCAAAGUGGCCAGUCUGCGCGACAGUAUGUCUGCGUAUGUUAACGCGAUCGCCGACAUCAACGUGAGGCUCGAGUAUGUUGAACGAGAAAUGGCCACGCGGGCAAAAGAUCUCGAAGCAGAAGCGAUUCAAAGAGAAUUGCUUCAAACGACGGAUAUAUUCAACAAGAAACUGUCGGAGCAAGCGAGACACAUGGCAUGGAUCAGGGCCGCCGUGUAUUCGACGGAAAAGCAAGCGCAAUUGGCCUGGUUGCUGAAAGUAGUUACAUUGACCCUGCAGACUGCCAGCCAGCAGGGAUGUAUGUUCAGUUUCGUGCCUGAUUUUUAUCUGGAGACAAUGUCUGAUCUAUGCGUCAGUCUGCGUACCCACAUGCAUCCUACCGCGCCAAUCGAAAACAUCCCGCAUUAUCGGGAGAUGUUGUGUAACGCUGCCGAGUUGUUGUGCGAUCACUUCCUCGAUCCGCGCAUAGUACAUGCCAAUUCCAAAGACGUACUAAUACUCACGCUCGCGGGCUUCGUAUCGAAUCCAUUGACGUUAGAGGCGUUGGAAACUGUACCACCUGAAAGCAGGAUAAAAGUCGUCACGAAUCUGCUCAAGCCUUAUGAAAAUAGAGCAUGGGCGCAGUCCAACUGGGUUCUGGUCAGAUUCUGGCAGGGCAACGGCUUCGCUUUCCGAUACGACAAGAGUCCGCAUCUUUCGAAGAAAGUUGGCCCGAAACUGUUGCAGCAAGAAUCUAUUUCUCAGCCAAUAAAACCAUGUCCAUCAGCGGUGUAUCAAGCACAUGUGAGAGAUGUAUUGUUGGGAAAUUCUCAAGCGACCACGCAAUUUUUGAACUCACUAUUGAAUCAGUUGAAUUGGGCAUUUUCCGAAUUCAUCGGCAUGGUACAAGAGAUUCACAAUGUGUCAUCGAGACCAGAGCGAGUAUUUAUCGAAUCGAGACAAUUAAAGAUCUGCGCCACUUGUUUCGAUUUGGCAAUCUCGUUGCUUCGAGUAUUGGAGAUGAUUUCUACAGUAGCUCCGGGUGUUUUUAGCGAUCCCACGCAGUCUUCCAGCGAGAUCUUACUGGCUAGAUUGUGUCAAUUACUCUGUCAAGUGUUGAACAGAAUGAGUUCGCAGACGAGUUGUUUUCAGCACGUGGUGCUUUUGGAGAUACCGGAUCUAGAAUCUGUAGAUCAUUUUCCUAUAUUAGCUGCCGUUAUCGGUAUUCUGCUGGCUCUUCUCGAAAAAGAAAUGAACGAUUUUGCAGCGAAACCGAUGAUUGAAGUGCCUAGAAUUACGCGAAGCUUACUGACGGAGCCGAGCUUCCAAAUCAGUUCUUUAUAUUUUGUUUUGGGUGAUACAAAGUUGAAAAAUACAAGGACGAAAAAUGUAAAGCCAUUCUCAUUAUUAAAUUAUCAGGAAGAUGUGACGGCAGAAGAAAUUGACCGAGUAAGAAAAAUGAUAAAGUAUCUUGAUACCUGCCGCACGCUUUUACCCGAUACCAAAUUUAUAAGCGACGACGAUGACACUUGCACGAUUUGCUACGCGUUUCCGAUCGCCGCUACGUUUAAACCGUGUAAUCAUCAAACGUGUCGUACCUGCAUAGAUCGUCAUCUACUCAAUGCGAGAGAAUGUUUCUUCUGUAAAGCAACCAUAGAUAAAGUAGAAGAUCUAAGUGGGAACACGUUGCACGAUUUUACAAGCGAAUUUGCAAUGUCGAGAGCGGCUUCUUGAUGCAGUGAUAAAGAUCAUCCCGCACAAGUUACAUAUAUUGUAUUAAAAAAUCCUUUAAUCCUCCAAUAAUAUAUAUAUUCGUCGCGUUGAGCAUCGAAAGCAUUCACAAAACUCGUAUAAUUUUCAUAAUAAGGAAUUCUUCUGUAAAAAUUAGGAUAAAAUGAAUGGCACAGAGAGAUUAUAUAAAGUAUCAAGAUUUCUUUAUUCAUAUAUAUUCACAAGUAUAAUAUAUCUAUUAUAUAUUGAGCAAAUUUUGUCAAUGAAAGACAUCAAAGGCAUAAAAAAAUAUCGAUUUUGUGCAAAGAAGUUGCGCACAUGUUCCAAUUCAUAGAUAAAACUUAUUAAUAAAAAUUAUAUAUAAA